UUGGUUAUCUGUCACUUAUCUGUUAUUGAUGUUACUCGUUUGCUCCUUUUCCAGGGUAUUAACCUUUCCGGCGGUCAAAAAUCCCGAGUUGCACUUGCCCGAGCUGUCUAUCAGGACCGUGAUGUGUAUCUCCUUGACGAUCCAUUAUCUGCAGUAGAUGCUCACGUGGCCAAGCACAUCUUCACAAACGUCAUCGGACCAAAAGGCCUCCUGGCAAACAAGACAAGAAUCCUUGUCACUCAUGGGCUUUCAUUCCUCAAGGAUACCGACGUCGUUGUUGUCAUGAGAGGUGGUUCGAUUAUGUACUUGGACACAUAUGAACGUCUGCUUGAAAACAGCGAUGCACUUGAAAUCAUUCAGGAAGCAGCUGCGAAACCACAGGAGAUAGUGGAGACUGAAUCUUCAGAAAAUGUAGCUCUUACAGCAGCAAUCAUGCGCAUUGUAGGCACUACACAAUCAAAAGGCGUUGUUCAAUCGGACGACGAUACUGAAACCAUUGACGAGUUCCCAAUGGAUGCUGAAGUGCUAUCGGUCGUCAGUAAAGCAAGUCUACCACAGAGGAAAUCUACAAAGGGAUCUUUGAAGAAGAAGCAUCGAGGACACCUCAUAGAGGAGGAGAAGAGCGCUCUAGGAAGGGUGAAAUUCUCCGUCUAUAUGGCCUAUUUCAACUCCAUGGGUAUUGUGCGCUAUUUCGUACCGUUUGCGAUAACAUUAUCGUUGAACUCAGCUUUCAUGAUGGCUAGAAGUUUAUGGCUGACUGACUGGUCCAACGACAAUGUUCCUGGAGUGGAUGAGGCGCUUGCAAAACCACUCGGUGUCCGCCUAGGUGUUUACGCUAUCCUUGGAACUCUAGAAGGUGAGCUAUUUGACCUCCAACAGGAAAAGUGGAACUGCCUCUACAAUGCAGGUAUACCCUAG